AGUGUGGAGCAAUAGCCUGUGUUUCACGCAUGACGAGCCUGGUUUCCAGUUUGAGUCCGCCUACUCACUUAAAGGAACUGAAUGCUUCGCGUCUUGAAAGAAAUACACGGAUCUAAAUGAACACCUAUUGUAAUUUUAGAGACUUGACCGGAACCAAUUUCUUUGCAAGGAGUUAAGUUAUGGCGUUACCCUGAGAACAACCUUACAGUAUGGAAGCAGCAGUCUUGAGAGGCAAAUGCAAGAAAAAGCUACUGGUCUUCACGCUUUUGCUGUGCGUGCUGGCCCCCGCCUUGUCUGCACCAACGUCCUCUGAAGGUGCCCUGAUUGGGCGCAACCACAGUAGUCAUGGGAACCUGGAUAAAUGCGACAUUGGAGAAUAUAUUAGCAACAAUGGAGUCUGCUGUAACAAAUGCCAUCCAGGGGAGAAGCUGCUGGAGGAUUGUCCUAAGAGGAACAGGAGGACCUCAUGCAAGCCCUGUGAAAAAGAAACCUUCAUGGACAAGAGCAAUUUUCUUCGCAACUGUUUACGCUGCAGAGUCUGCAGAGCUUCAGAUUUUGAGGAACAGGUGUCACCAUGCACAAUAUACAAGGACAGAGAGUGUCGCUGUGUCAAGGGUUACUACAGAAACGCCAUCGACUCCCAGACACACGAAUGCCUGGAGUGUAAGAUCUGUAGGCCGGGGUGUGACGACCUCUGUGCCCCAGGUUCUCCUCCCAUCGAACCGGAACCCUCAAAACUUCCGGAGAAUGUUGAUAUUGUGCUGCCCGUAGUGGUUGCGUGCUGCAUCGCCCUGCUUGGGGUCAUAAGCCUCGUAACCUACCUAGCAACCAAAAAGAGUUUGAAGAGGAAAAUGAGAUUAAGGAACGAUGGUUCCGUCUCUUCCUCAGAGUCUAACUCUCGGGACUCUCAUAAAUCCACUAAAAGCUUUAUCCCCGACCCUGAAUGUCCAGAAAGGCAGAAUCUGGCUGUACCAACCCAAGAGUGUGAGUCAGACCUACCUGACUGUGUUCCCAAGGAGAUCAAGAUUCAGCAGGUGAUCUACUCAGUGCUGGACCUGGUGUCUGUGCGACACGUGAAACAGCUGGUGCGAUCUCUGGGCGUGAGCGAGAGGGACAUCGAGGGGGCCGAGGUGGACUACCGCUCCAUCCAGGAGGCCAACUACCAGAUGUUAAAGCUGUGGGCCGAGGGUGGGGCCAGGGGCGGGGCCGAGGGCAGGGCCAGGGGCGUGGCCAGGGGCGUGGCCAGGGGAGGGACGGGGCGAGGGGUUCUGCCACGUGCUUUACUGCAGGACCUGCUGGAAAAUCUGAGGGAGAUGGACCUGGGCGGGGUGGCAGAGGAGCUGGAGGAAAAGUUCAGGGUUCAGUAGACACACACACACAUUCACACACACGCACGCACGCUCACACACACACACACAAGCAUACAUACUACUGAACACAGAAACACACAUAUACACACACACUAACAUGGUGCUCGAACUGGGAACGUAAAUUAAACAAUUUCACCCUUCAUCUUGUAAUACAGAUGUGGGUUGUGAAGUGCUUCUAUAGUCGAAGUAAUAUUCGGUUACACUCAGUUUAUUCAGAGAGAGGUUUUUAUGAUGGCAUUAUUGAUGAGGGGCUUCGAAUUAAGCUAGAAGAUGCGUAUCAUGAUGUCAUGAUGUCUAUGUCAAAAUGUUCUAACAUCUGUAUUGUUAUUGCCCUACCUUUUGUCUUAACCGUUGAACCAAGUUCCAGUCAUGUUUUGUAGUUGGACUUGUUCAAUUCCAACUUGUAGUUGGAAUUGUUUGGUUGGGAUGAGGGCAUUGUGAUGGAAUCUAUGGGGAUUUUCAUCUUGGUGUGUAAUUGUAUCUUGUGAAUCACACUAACACAUACUUGUAAUGCACAUUUUAUGCUACCACAGCUUGCUGUCAAAGUUAUGUUUGUUUAUUUCUGCUCAGUAUCUUCUUCUGCCUUCCUAGGACCAUAUAGUAUCUUUCCAUUUUUAUAUUUUAUUUUAUAUUCUGUUUAGUAGUAUAUAUCCUGCUGUUAGUGCUCUGUGAUUGAUCAAAUUAUUUACACUUUAUCACAUUCCAGUAUCCGUAUGUAGAUAAGUAGGUGGCACAAGCUGUUGGCAAUGUUUUUUAUGAAGUCAUUUCCUGUGUGCCAGUGGACAGUAAUAAACAUCACAACUAUAAUUAA